AUGAAAAUCAUUAAUGACAUCUCCGCCCACCCCACUCGUUUUGUCUGCGUGGCUCCCUCCACUGGGCUCACGGUGCUGCAGCCGGAGGGCGAAGCAUACGAUGGGGCGGGACACACCGACAAAAAGAGGGGAUGGAGCAAAGAAAGUUUUGAAACACACGCGCAUUCGCUUAGCAUGCAGGGAAGGGCAGAAAUAGAAAGGAAACGAAGUGGAAACAUCUUCAAAAGGAAGGCGACAGAGGGGCAAGCUGAACUACGAGCGCACCGCAUCGUCGCCGUUUGUCGGCGGCGUCAGACGGUUGCCUGCAUCCGCAUCCACCUUCUGCGGCGCAUCUGGAGUGUCGGGAAGGGCCGCCUCUUCCUUCCUCUCCGCACCCGCCUUCACACGGCGCCGCUCCUCAAGCACCACGCGACAGAACCGGCGGUACUUCAAGUGCACAUAAACACUUGA